AUGAAGUCACUUGCCGUCGUGGGAGUGGCUCUGGCUCUUGCAAAUGUUGGUGCUGCCCUAGCAAUCCCAAAUCCCGCAACAUGGCUUCAAAGACGACAUGAAGUGGACGCAAGCCCCGAGUCCAGGGCUGAAACCUACGAUCGACCGGCUGCUCAUGGAGUCCAUGAGUAUGAACGUGGGCCAUCUAAUUACAAUGCGCCUUCAACUUAUGAUGGACCGAGUUCCUAUGAUGUCCCUGUGAGCUACGACAAAGCAACAAGAUACGACCGGCCACCCAGCUACGACAAGGCGUCCAGCUAUGAGCAGGCCUCAAGCUAUGAUGCUCCUUCCAGCUACAAGCGGCCUACCAGCUAUGAUAAGCCCUCCAGCUACGACAAGGUAUCAAGCUACGACCGUCCCUCUAGCUACGACCGGCCUUCCAGCUACGACAAAGCGUCAAGCUAUGAGCAGGCCUCAAGCUAUGAUGCACCUUCCAGCUACAAGCAGCCUUCUAGCUAUGUUAAGCCCUCCAGCUAUGACAAGGUAUCAGGCUACGACAAUCCCUCUAGCUACGACAGGCCUUCGACUUAUGAUGAAGCCCCAAGAUAUGACAAGGCCUCAAGCUAUGACCGAUCGCAGACUUAUGGAAAAGGUUCAGAUGCUUACACGGACAAGCACAGCUACAACGCCAGGCCUGCAGGCUAUUAG